AUGGGCAAUCAAAGUAUAAAAGAUUCAAGUACACGUGCAUCGCCCAAUUUAAAAAGUCGUCGUUCAUUAUCAAAACCAUUUCUUAAUUUAUCCGGUUCACAUACAGAAUCUCCAUUAAUAUCAACAUCAUCACUUGCAACAACACAUACUAAUGUUGAUGAUAUAUCUAUUCAUAGUCAAGGUUCAUUUCGUUCAACACCUUGCAAUACACUUGCACAUAUUCAAUCUCAACAAAAUAAUAAUGGAAAUUUUGAUUGUUUAACAGCUGAAAAACGUUGGUUAUCUCGUGAAUUAUUAUUAACACAAACUGAUACAGCAUCAACAUCAUUCGUUGGAAAUAAUAAUAAUAAUAAUAAUAGCAUAACAUCAACAAAUUGUCCAUUACAUCAUCAUCGUACAAAUGCAACGAAUGAUGGAAUCUAUAUAGCUUGUCUACCAUUUAAUGCAAGUGAUGAUAAACAAUUAUCAUUAGCUGUUGGAGAACAUUUAACUAUUGUUAAUUAUCAUGAUAGAAAUCAUGAUUGGGUUGAAGUACGUAAUAGUCAAGGUCAAAUUGGUUGGGUGCCACAAGUAUUUAUUAAACCAUUAUCAUCAUUAGAUAGACAUUCAUGGUUUCAUGGAAAAGUAUCGAGAUGUGAAGCUGAGUAUUUAUUAACACAAGGAAUUAAUGGAAGUUUUCUUGUACGUGACAGUGAAACUGUUCCAGGUCAAUUAUCUAUUAGUCUUCGAUAUGACGGUCGCAUAUAUCAUUAUCGUAUAAAUACAGAUGAAAAUGGUCAAUAUUAUGUUUCAACGGAAUUACGUUUUUCAACAUUACAACAAUUAAUUCAUCAUCAUUCAAUAACAACUGAUGGUCUUGUUCAUCUAUUACUUUACCCAAUAAAUAAACAUAAAAUUCAACCAGCAUUGUUUAAAAUAGAUGAUAAAUGGGAAAUUCAACGAUCAGAAAUAGCUAUGAAACAAAAAUUAGGUGGUGGACAAUAUGGUGAAGUUUAUGAAGCAUUAUGGAAACGUUACAAUAAAGUUGUUGCUGUUAAAACAUUAAAAGAAACAAUGAGUUUACAAGAUUUCUUAGAAGAAGCUGAUGUUAUGAAAGAUUUAAAACAUCCAAAUCUUGUACAAUUACUUGGUAUAUGUACACUUGAACCACCUUAUUAUAUUAUUACUGAAUUCAUGACACAUGGAUGUUUACUAGAUUAUUUAAAACGACGACCACGUACUGAAUUAACAUCAACUGUAUUGAUGUAUAUGGCUGGACAAGUUGCUUCAGCUAUGACUUAUUUAGAAGCAAAAAAUUUUAUUCAUAGAGAUUUAGCUGCACGAAAUUGUCUGGUUGGAGAUAAUCAUGUUGUUAAAGUUGGUGAUUUUGGUUUAGCUCGUCUUGUUAAAUGUGAAGAUCAUUAUACAGCUAAACAUGGUGCUAAAUUUCCAAUUAAAUGGACAGGGUUAGAACGAAAUCAAUUUUCAACAAAAUCUGAUGUAUGGAGCUUUUCAAUUCUUCUCUGGGAAAUUGCCACAUAUGGUGCUAGUCCAUAUCCAAAAAUAGAACUUUGUCAAGUAUUUGAUCAUCUUCGAGCUGGAAGUCGAAUGGAACGUCCACCUGGUUGUCCAACUGAUGUAUAUAAUCUAAUGCAAAAAUGCUGGCGUUGGAAUCCUGAUGAAAGACCGACAUUUAAAGAAAUACAUGCUGAACUUGAAAGUAUGACCACAGUUGGAUUUAAUACUCAAGAAAAUGGUACAACAAAAGUUUUAUCUCCAAAUGAAUUUUGUUCAAAUUCAAAUCGUGCUCGAACUGGUCCAUCACUUCCACCUCCUCGGCCACCAGCUCGAACAUGUUCAUUUUCUAGUGUUACAUCUCCACCACCACCUCCACCUGCAACAGCUCAUCAAUCAAUUCUAGCACGUUUUCUUCCAUCACCACGUCCAAAAUUAUCAACUGAUCAACAACAACCAUCUACUAUUACCGAAGAUCCAAAUGAACAAACAUUACCAACAAUUAUUCAACAACAACAACCAUUACGCGAUCGACCACGAAAUCUUAAUCCCGAAGCACGUUUAUCAACAUUUAGUAAAAAACAAACACCAUUACCAAUAACAACAGCACUCCCUAAUUCAUUCUCAACAACAACAUUUGUUGGGCAUACUCAUUCAACAACAACGACAACAACAAAUGGUAUUGAACCAUUAAAUAAUGUUGUUUGUGAUAGUGUUCAACGACCAACACCACCAUUAAAACCAAAUCGAGAUGGAUCAAUAAAAAUGAAAUCAAAUAAAAAAUCUUCGAAGUAA